AUGGCGACCCUCAUCCGAACGACAUUCGUAAAGGUGCUAAGCCCUGGACAGAGUGGGAAGAUAGCAGGAUGUACCAUCCUGCAAAAGAGGGAUAUUAUGGGAAAAUCUCUAAGAGAUACGCUGCCACCUCGACCUCCUAAGCCUGCACCAUUUGAUUACGUGAACAAGGACUAUACUUGGUUUCGGAGCUUGUUCGACAGAACUACUCAUAGGCUAGAUGAAAACUCGAAGGUAGUAGUCAUUGAGGGUCCUGUGGCUGCUGGUAAGACAGAAUUCGCGGCAGCUCUUGCCGAGGACUUGGGUAUGAAACAUUUCCCAGAAGCCAAUAUGGAUAUCCAUUACAUUCAACAAGGUGUUGAUUUACGUACAUUCAACGAUCGUAUACCACCCGAUACCAGAACGUUUGACCAUGUUGACUUCAAUGAAUGCCCAAACCAUCGUCUAGCUGGAAACUACCAGAUAAUGAUGUAUAUGGCUCGUUAUGGUCAGUACAUUGAUGCUUUAGCUCACCUCUUGAAUACUGGCCAAGGUGUAGUUUUGGAGAGGUCUCCCUACUCUGACUUUGUGUUCUUGGAAUCUAUGUUUUCACAGAAGUAUAUCAGUAAGGGAGUGAAAUCUAUGUAUUAUGACUUGCGGGAACAAACCAUUGAAGAUUUGUUGAGGCCACAUUUGGUUAUAUAUCUUGAUAUUCCUGUAAACAAGGUCCUGGAGGCAGUCAAGAAGCGAGGCCACAAGCAUGAAAUCUCUGGUAAGGCACUCACUCCACCAUUCCUGCAAGAGAUGGAACGUCAGUACAAAAACAAGUACCUGCGUGAUAUUUCUACGCAUGCUGAACUGUUGGUAUAUGACUGGUCUGGAGGUGGAGAAGUUGAAGUGGUAGUAGAAGAUAUUGAGCGUCUCGACUUUGACCAAUAUGUUCACCGUGACGAGCCAAAAAUGAAAGACUGGAGGCUGCCCCGUGAAGUAGAAUGGUCUGACCAACGGAUGAUCUUCACAAACAAUAAGCACUUCCUAAUGAACCUGUUCAACAUUCCCAGAACAGAUGUACCAGAAUUGAUUACCAGCGCUGAAGACAUGCAUGAAUAUACACAGGUGGUAUAUGGUGACCCCAGGAUAAAAUUCUUGCAAGGAUAUAACAAAGAUGCUGGAGACACUGGUCUCGCCUUGAAGAACAAACUCCCAAAAUACACAGAGUACUUCUAA